GGGAGCUUCUUGGGGAGCCCCUUCUUCCCCUCAGAUCCCUCCACACAGAGGGAGGUCACAGGCACCGUGGCUGAACUGGACCUUCGUGUCAGGGGCACCGAGGUUCGGGUCAGCAACCUGACUGCUCCUGUCCAGAUCUUCCUGCCCCAGACGUCGCCUGCUGUGGACUGGGGCCCUGUUCUUUCUGUCUCUCCUGGGGAAUCCCUGCUGCUGACAGUGAAAGGCUGGUGGGGAGGGGGCUCCCUGGGUGUCCACGCUCAUACACGCCCCCCACAGCCCUUGGGACUUUUCCUCCUGCAGUGGAACCAGCAACGUCUACAGCCCAGUGCUGUUGAUUCAGGUAUAGGGAUGGGGCACUGGAGCCAGGAGAGCCGCUGUCUCAGACCAAAACCCGGCCCAACUACAGUGCGGAUAUCUGUGAGGUAGGUGGGAGGGUGGAAUCAUGAAUAAGAAGAAAUACUGAACACUAACCCUGUUGGUGCCCCCUUGCAGAUGGCUACUCCUGGCUUGUGGGGCUGGAGGUACUCCGGGCCCAUGGGGGAGCCCCCCGUUUUCUGCUGGUGCCGCUGAACCUCUCUGCAGAGGCCCCUCCAGUUUCCAUGCGCCUCAGGGCCUAUGGAGUCCAGUGCCUCUCCUGGGACCCCUCCAGUGCCCAGUGGAGAGCGGAGGGCUGCAAGGUGGGGCCCCAGAGCCGCCAGGAACCAGGAGGCCACUGCCUCUGCAGCCACCUCUCUGUCUUCGGAGCCUCCUUCUGGGUGGCACCUGUCCAAAUGGACCUUGUGUGCACAGCAGAGUACUUUGGGCGUGUGAGCCAGAACCCUGUCCUGGCCAUCCUGCUGGGUGUUCUCUAUGGACUAUUCCUUGUAGGCCUGACCUGGGCCUGCUGGAUGGACACACGAGAGCCGGCCCAGGUGGGAGCAGCUCUGCUGCCGGAGGAGGACCCCUGUGCCCAGUAUGUCUACCUGCUCUCCGUCACCCUGCAGGAGCCCCCCGGACCCGGCAACAGCCCCAGGCUCUCCAUCAGCCUCCAGGGAUCCUUUGGCACCAGCAAGCCCCGCCGCCUUCCUUGUCAAGGCACUUUCCUGCUGCGUGAGCCCUGUCCACUGGGGGAGCUGCAGGGCAUCUGGCUGUGGCAAGAGAGCCUUGGAGUCCCACAGAGGCCCCGGUAUGUCUCGGGUAUUGCAGUGUGGGACCUUCCACAGAGGAGGCACUUCCGCUUCCCUUGCAAUGCCUGGCUUGCUGCAAGAGAAGAUGGGCUGAGCACCCCCCAACACUUCCCAACAGCCCCCCCGGAAGAGCCAUUCUGGCCUGUCUUCCGGCAAAGGGCCCUGAGCGGCCUCUGGGAGGAGCACACUGUGCUGCUGGUCCUGCGCCCACCCCCGCGCAGCCCCUUCACCCGGGCCCAGCGCCUCUCCUGUGCUUGGAGCCUCCUCCUGUGCUCUGCCCUCAUCAGCCUCAUGUUCUGGGAGUCUCCUCAGGGAGACAGCACUCCACUCCUCUUGGAUGCCGGCAGCGUCUUCUCUCUCUCCUGGAAGGACGUCGUUAUUGGAGUCCAGAGCGCCCUCCUCGCCUUCCCCAUCAACUUCCUCGUGAUCUUCAUCUUCCAGCGCUCCAAGACUUGCAAAAGGAGACGGGGUCCCGGCCAGGGUCCCCCUACCAUGCCCAGCGCCCCCAAUGAUCUCACCAGUCUGCAGGCCGUUGUGCUUGAGCACCUGCGUUCCGCUGUGGAGGUUCUGAGCAGAGGGCCGGAGCAGUCAGAGCCCCGUCAGGCGCCCCUUCCUCCCACUCUGGGCUUUGAGGAGCUACUGCAGUUGCUGCACCAUUUUAUCCUGGGUGGUGGCAGAGGUGGGACAGCAAAUGGAACUGCCCGCACCUCAUCUGCAUGCCAUGCGCCUGAGGCUCCUGCUUACUCCUCUGACUGUGCACAACCCAGCAUCCUGCCUGGCACAGCAGGGCCCACCACUGCCCCCUCCUCACUACAUGAGACCUACUGCACCCGCUUCCUCCUCCUGAAGCUGCAGCGUGUGGAGCGGCUCCUGGAAGAAGUAGGAGCAGGGUGCCCUACAGAGGAAGGUGCCCUGGCCCUGCAACGGGUGCAAGAGAUGGGGGCUGCCCUGGCCAAGCGCCUCCCAACUGCCCAGCCAUCCUGCCGCAACAGAUGGUGUCAGUGGAGAUUGCCCUGGUGGGGAUCCCUGGUGGGCUGGGCCCUCUUACUCUCUCUCAAUGCAGCCUCCGCCUUCUUCAUCCUGCUGUAUGGCUUCCAUUAUGGGAAGGAGAGCACCGAGCGCUGGCUGGUGUCCACAGCCAUCUCCUUAGGACAGAGCCUACUGGUCCUUCAGCCCUUCAAGGUGGUCUGCUUUGCCAUCUUCUUUGCACUGGUCUUGAAGAAAGCGGAAGAGGAAGAACCUGCUGUGGAGGAGUCCCUUGACCAGCUGGAAGAAAGGCUGGGCUCUUUCCAGUGAAGAGGACUGCCACCUUCUCAGGACCCCAGUCUCUAGACCUGAGCCCACCAAGCGCCUCCCCUCCUUGCCGGAGCCCAUUCAUCCAUUGCCCCCCCUCCACACCCUCCUUGCAGCCGACUUCCACCUCCCUCUGCCCUGAAGAGGCCUCUGGACUCUCAGAAUCAAUAGGAUAGGAUAGCACAGAGUGCAGGGACUGAUAAAGCACCUCCACCUUGUGACUUGGUCUCCAUUGGCUUGCAGGGCUUGAAGUGGAUAAAAGAUAAAAGACACUUGCCUAUCCACCGCCUUCAUGACCGGACUCACCUUUGGACACUUUACGGGCUCGGGGGAGGAGGAUGUGAAGUAUCAUUUGUGAUCGGCAGUGAAACUCUUUCUCCAUGUUCCAGAAGUAUUCUCUCCUGACGUUUCGCCCACAUCUAUUGCAGGCAUCCUCAUAUACCUCACGACCUCUGAGGAUGCCUGCCAUAGGUGUGGGCGAAACGUCAGGAGAGAAUACUUCUGGAACAUGGCCAUACAGCCCGGAAAACACAACAACCCUGUGAUCCCGGUCAUGAAAGCCUUUGACCACACAAUAAUAAAUUCUUUCACCAAAGGAUGUUCACUUGUCUAUUUGUUCUUUACCAAUUACUUUGUAGUAGCGAGGAAGGCAGUCUCAUUCCUGUC